UCACAAGCUCAAGAAGCAAAAAGGGAAAGAAAAACCACGGAAAAGCAACAACCCCUCCCCUGUAUUCUUAUAAGUCACUAUCUCUCUGUUAACCAAUAUUUCUGUUACUUAUUUAGUAUUGUUUAUUUUAUAAAACCCACACAAUCCAAUAACGCACGCACAGUAAAAUUAAAGUUCUCUUGAUCUCUCUGGUUUUUGCAACUUCUCUCUCAACUCAGUUGGAGAGGGAGAGGGAUCAGAAACAACAGAGAGAAAGAGAAAGAGAAAGGAAACGAAGAAUUCAUGCAAAGGAAGCUAGGAAUUCAAAUCUUCUUCUUCUGUCCUGCAAUCCUUUGAUCUUCGUCUCACAAUCACACCUUCUCUGCAGUCUGCACACACAGCCACAGGUGCAGGGGUGAAGAAUAGAAGAACUUGGUGGAUUGUGAAUUGUGAUCCAUUCAUGCACUGAGUAACAUUGGUUUGUUGAAGAAGAGAUCAUGGUGACUGUGGAAGACAACAGCAGCAACCAGCAGGGGUGUGGAGUACUGUUGAAGGUAUCUUCAUGGUUAAGUCAAUUCAGAAAUGCAUCCAAUCCUAAGAUGGCAAGAUAUGUCUAUGCCUUGAUUUUCCUUGUUUGCAAUCUAUUGGCAUGGGCUUCUCGUGAUGAACUUCCUGGGCGCAGUGUUUUGACAAAAUUGAAAGGGUUGAAAACAUGCAAGGACCCAAAAGAUUGUUUGGGGACAAAUGGUGUUUUGCGCGUGAGCAUGGGCUGCUUUUUGUUUUUUAUGAUGAUGUUCUGGUCAACUGCUAGAGCUUCUAAAUUGAACGAAACCAGAGAUACAUGGCACUCUGGAUGGUGGUCAAUCAAGAUUGUUCUCUGGGUUGCAGUCACAAUCUUCCCAUUUUUACUCCCUUCUGAGUUGAUUGAUCUUUAUGGGGAAGUUGCACAUUUUGGUGCCGGGGUUUUCCUCUUCAUUCAACUAAUAAGCAUAAUCAGCUUCAUUACAUGGCUGAAUGAUUUUUUUGCUUCUGAGAAAUAUGCAGAAAGAUGCCAAAUUCAUGUGAUGUUAUUUGCAACUGCUUCAUAUUUUAUCUGCAUGGUGGGGGUCAUUUUGAUGUACAUUUGGUAUGCACCACAACCAUCUUGCCUCCUGAACAUUUCCUUCAUUACUUUCACCCUGGUACUUCUCCAAAUCAUGACAAGUGUAUCUCUGCACCCAAAGGUGAAUGCUGGCAUUCUUAGUCCAGGAUUGAUGGGGCUUUAUGUUGUCUUCCUUUGCUGGUGUGCAAUUAGAAGUGAACCAGAAGGAUAUGAAUGCAUCAGGAAGUCAGACUCUCCAAACAAAACAGACUGGCAAAACAUCAUUAGCUUAGUUGUUGGAAUACUAGCACUCGUCAUUGCAACAUUUUCUACUGGCAUAGAUUCAAAAUGCUUUCAGUACAGGAAAGGGGAUAAGCCUGCAGAAGAAGAUGAUGUUCCAUAUGGUUAUGGCUUCUUCCAUUUCGUUUUCGCCACAGGAGCAAUGUACUUUGCAAUGCUGUUGGUUGGAUGGAAUAGUCAUCAUUCUAUGAAAAAAUGGACAAUUGAUGUAGGAUGGACCAGCGCUUGGGUCAGAAUAGUAAAUGAAUGGUUGGCAGUCUGUGUUUAUUUAUGGAUGCUGAUAGCUCCAAUCAUAUGGAAGAACAUACAUACUGAAUCAACAUGAGAACUUCCCUGUUCUGAUUUGGUGCUGUGAGGAUUAAGAUCUUCAAAUUGCACCAUUUUCAUGCUGCAUAUGUAGUGGAAUCCUCCACCUGCUGCUCUCUCAGAUAGGAAAAAGAACUGCAAGUGGUGCAGCACAUAGGAAAUUUUCAGUCCGAAGCAAUGGUUAUAGCACAAAUGCACAUUCACUGUUGUUGGACUUGUUAUGUGACUGAUGCUACACAGUCCUCUCACUCCAUUCAACGGGUUAGAGAAAAAAAAUAAAAAAAGAAAUAUACACCUACGGGUUCAUGUAUUAUUGAGGGAAUAAUUGUUUAGUGAAUCAGCUCAUUGGGAGUUUCAUUCAUAGUUUUUCAA